AUGCCUCCGACACUUGUUCUCAUACGACAUGCUGAGGCAGAACACAAUGACACUAAGAACUACUCGACCCAUGAUCCGAACCUUACUAAACUUGGGCGGGAACAAUGUGCAGAGUUGAGAAGGGCGCUGAUGAGAGACCCCCUAGCUCAACAAGCCGAGUUGAUUAUUACAUCUCCAAUGCGCCGUACCAUCCAAACUGCUCUGGAUACAGUGGACUGGUUGAUAGAGAAGGGCGUCAAGAUACAGGCCGAUGCCCAGUGGCAAGAAAACUCGGCGAAGCCUUGUGACGUUGGCACCGCCGUUACGAGUCUCGCUGGGGAGUACCCGAACAUCGACUAUUCAACUGUCGACCCUGUGUGGCCAGACAAGACGUCGCCGGCGGGGAAACAAUAUCAUUACACCAAGACGGCAAUCAUGGCACGAGGUCAGGCGGCGCUCCAGAAGCUGUAUGAGCGCCCCGAGAAGGUCAUCAUUGUGGUUUCACAUUCGGGCUUCUUACGCCUAGGCGUCACGGGUUGUUGGUUCUUUAAUGCCGACUAUCGUAUCUUUGAAUUUGCGGCCAUGAGCAGCCCAGGUAGCCCGUAUCAGUUAGAGCAACACGCUUCCACGAAAGAGAAUGGUGGCGGGUUGGGCCACAGCUGGACAGAACAAGUUGUCCUUGGCUCCGAUCUGCCCGAUGAAUUGCCCAAGUCCGAAUGA